CAGAGAGAUGAUGAAACAUGCCUGGGAUAAUUAUAAGCGUUACGCUUGGGGAUUAAAUGAACUGAAACCCAUAUCUAAGCAAGGACAUUCAAGCAAUUUAUUUGGUAACAUUCAAGGAGCAACAAUAGUGGAUGCCCUUGAUACACUCUACAUCAUGGAAAUGAAGGAAGAAUUCAAGGAAGCCAAGGAGUGGGUUGAACAAAACUUAGAUUUCAAUGUGAAUGCAGAAAUUUCUGUUUUUGAAGUGAACAUUCGCUUUGUGGGUGGACUCCUUUCAGCUUACUAUCUUUCAGGAGAAGAGAUAUUCCGAAAGAAGGCAGUGGAACUUGGAGAGAAAUUGCUACCUGCUUUCAAUACUCCCACUGGCAUACCUUGGGCACUACUGAAUAUUAAGAGUGGGAUCGGUCGAAACUGGCCAUGGGCCUCUGGCGGCAGCAGCAUUUUGGCAGAGUUUGGCACGUUGCACCUGGAGUUCAUACACCUGAGCCACCUGUCUGGAAACCCAGUGUUUGCUGAAAAGGUAAUGAACAUUCGAAAAGUUCUGAAUCGACUGGAUAAACCCGAAGGCCUCUACCCCAACUAUCUGAAUCCCAGCAGUGGCCAGUGGGGCCAGCAUCACGUCUCCAUUGGAGGGCUUGGUGAUAGCUUCUAUGAAUAUUUGCUCAAGGCAUGGCUGAUGUCGGGCAAGACAGAUGAAGAAGGCAGGAAAAUGUAUUAUGACGCUGUUCAGGCCAUCGAGACCCACCUCAUUCGGAAAUCGAGCGGGGGGCUGACCUACAUCGCUGAGUGGAAGGGUGGACUGCUUGAGCACAAGAUGGGACAUCUGACCUGCUUUGCUGGAGGCAUGUUUGCCCUGGGAGCAGAUGGAGCACCUAACGACAAGACAGGCCGCCACAUUGAGCUUGGUGCUGAAAUUGCUAGGACUUGUCAUGAAUCCUACGACCGCACAAGCCUGAAGCUGGGACCGGAAGCCUUCCGAUUUGAUGGUGGUGUUGAGGCCAUUGCUACAAGGCAGAAUGAAAAAUACUACAUCCUCCGACCAGAAGUCAUAGAGACCUACAUGUACAUGUGGAGGCUCACUCAUGACCCAAAGUACAGGCAGUGGGGAUGGGAAGCUGUAGAGGCAUUGGAAAAAUAUUGCCGAGUAGAUGGUGGCUAUUCCGGCAUCAGAGACGUUUACAGCAGUCGCCAAAGCCACGAUGAUGUGCAGCAAAGUUUCUUUCUUUCGGAGACACUCAAGUAUCUUUAUUUGCUGUUUUCUGAGGAUGAUCUUCUUCCAUUUGAACACUGGGUCUUCAACACAGAGGCUCAUCCCUUCCCUAUUCUUGACAAAGAUGAUGGAAAUAAAGAAGAAACCCAGAAAUAGAUUAAGUUAUAUUUCGUUGCAUUCCUUAUGUAUCUUUCCAGGACUUGGGCACAUGAUUUGGUUUAAAAUUCCUGAGUUAAGUUUUUAAAUCAA